GAAUCUCUGAUAGGAUGGGGAAGUGGAAAAAAAGGUACACAACGCGGGAUGCUUGCUCAUCAUCCACAAAACUUGCCUCUCACUGUCUCUUCUCUGCCCGCCUCGCACAGCAGAAGCAAUGCAGCACCCCGCUCUUAACUAUCAGGGUGAAUUAUGGAAGAAUAAUCCCUUGUAUGUACAUCGUCAUAUCGUUCAUAUAAAGAAGAUGUCCUACCCACACUCAUUCUUGGUUUCUCCAUCCAAGUUUUGCUUGAUCAAUUGGCACUGAGCUUGUUUUCCCUUGGCCCAGUACUGAUUCCCACCCAAACCCCACGACAUUGCAAUCAUGGUCGGAUUCAGAUUGAUCUUUUCUCUUGCUGCUACUUUACAAGUAGCGGUUUCGACACCGAUUCAAUCGCGUACCGCCUACAAGGUCAAGGAGACGCACUACGUUCCUCGCGCGUGGAGAGUGGUAGAUGAGGCGCCAAAGUCGCAUAUUGUGAACUUGAACAUUGCUCUCAAACAGGGUGAUUUUGAGGAAUUGGACAGACAUUUGUAUGAAGGUACGUGAGAACAAAUCAGCCAUGCAGUGACUCAAAGGUCGCUUGAAUUCGGAGUCUCCGCCUGAAAUGUAGGACGACGGCUAAUUGAAAAUGAUUGAUCAGUUUCCGAUCCUGACCACCAACGAUAUGGGCAACAUCUCUCGGCCGAUCAUGUCAAUGAGCUUGUCAAGCCAAGUGACGAGUCGUUGAAUAUGGUUCACGAAUGGUUGAACGACAAUGGAGUUCGUGACUUUUCGUACAGUGCUGCCAAAGACUGGAUUUCGGUCUCGCUUCCAAUUGAAAUGGUGGAGCAGCUUUUGGAUACCAAAUACCAGGUGUAUGAGCAUGAGGACGGAGACAGACUAGUCCGAACUCCAAAGUGGUCUCUUCCACAACAUCUCCAUGAGCACAUUGACGCCAUUCAACCAACCACUUCCUUCAUGCGAUUGACUGGCCAGGGAACCAGGUUCCUCAAGCUGGCACCAUUUGUUCCACCAAACUACACCCCUCCAAAAAACUCGACCAUUGCAAAGGUCUGCAGUGUUGAUUCCGUCACACCACAGUGUUUUGAGACUUUGUACUCAACCAAGGGUUACGUACCAAAGGCAACAGACAAGAAUAGUGUUGGAUUCACCAACUAUCUCGGCGAGAUUCCAAUUCGACCAGAUAUUGAGAAGUUUUUGGCCAAGUACCGCCCUGAAGCUGUCAAGGCCGCAUACACCUUCCCACAAAUAUCAAUUGCCAAUGGUCCAGUUCAAGAUGGUCCUCUCAACGCCACCCAAGCUGCUGAAGGCACAUCAGGGGAGGCAAAUCUCGACGUUCAGGCGAUUAUGGGUAUUUCCAACCCAACUCCUGUUUUUUCUUGGUCUACCGGUGGAAGCCCCCCAUUCAACCCAGAUCUCAACACUCCUACCAACACAAAUGAGCCUUACAUGGUAUGGUUGAACUAUAUUCUGGCUCAAAAAUCCAUCCCACAAGUAAUCAGUACCUCCUACGGAGAUGAUGAACAAACCGUGCCACAAGCUUAUGCCGAGAGAGUGUGCAAGCAAUUUGCUCAACUUGGUGCCCGUGGUGUAUCCGUUCUUUUCGCAUCUGGUGAUCGCGGAGUUGGUCUGAACGCGACCUGUUUCAGCAACGAUGACAAGAAAACAUACAAGUUCUUACCAUCUUUCCCUGCUGGUUGUCCUUAUGUGACCACCGUAGGAGCAACACACAACUUCGAGCCGGAGGUUGUUGCAUACCGUGCCGGAAAUACAAGACCCGAUGGUACUUUCCGCGAAGUGUAUUCCAGCGGAGGAGGCUUCUCGGAAUAUUUCCCACGCCCCAAGUACCAGGAGAAGGUCGUCAGCAAAUAUGUGAAAGAACUCAACGGAACCUAUGCUGGUCUCUAUAACACGAAAGGACGUGCCUACCCCGAUCUUUCUGCUCAAGGACAAUACUUCGCAUACUUCUGGAACGGCACAGAGGGUGUCAUCAGUGGUACUUCCGCAUCAACUCCUCUCAUGGCCGGUAUUUUGGCACUCGUUAACGAUGCCCUCCUCGAGUGUGGCAAGGCUCCACUUGGAUUCUUGAACCCAUGGUUGUACUCACGCGGAUGGAAGGGAUUCACGGAUAUUGUUGGUGGAAGUGCUGUCGGAUGCCAAGUUGAUGGUUUCGCAGCAAAAAAGGGAUGGGAUCCAGUUACCGGUUUCGGUACUCCAAUUUUCCCAAAAUUGGUUGCUUUGGCAAAGGACUGAGGUGGAUAAUGACACAAAAAGGAGUAUGAUAAUGUAAUUUAAUGAGAGCUACGCGUCUGGUCCUUCCUUGGAGGACUGCGCGCACGAUGAUGAACAAUGACAAAGAGUUGCG